GUUUGUUCUUCCUGAUGAACAGAAGAGAUUAUUUGAGAAACUUUCUCUGUACUGUGACCGAUACGCCGAGCAGAUCCCCGUCACCUUCGUCCUGGGUUUUUACGUGACUCUGGUGGUGAAUCGAUGGUGGAACCAGUUUGUUAACCUGCCUUGGACCGACAGGCUCAUGUUCCUCAUCUCCAGCUGCGUCCACGGUAAGGAUGAAUACGGCCGCCUCUUGCGCAGGACGCUGGUGCGUUACGUGAACCUGACGUCGCUCCUGAUCUUCCGCUCCGUCAGCACGGCGGUCUGCAAACGCUUCCCGACCAUCGACCACGUGGUGGAAGCAGGGUUCAUGACUCCAGAGGAGAGGAAGGUGUUUGAGAACAUUCGUUCUCCUCACCUGAAGUACUGGAUCCCCGUGGUUUGGUUCUCCAACCUGGCCUCUAAAGCCCGGCAGGAGGGACGCAUCCAGGACAGCAUCGACCUGCAGAACCUUCUCAACGUUCUGGGUCGAGUCCGACGUCUGCUCAGCGUUCAGGAGCCUCCUGAUCUCAAACAUCCUCGACCGGUUUUUAAACGCCACAGCAGCGACGCCACCAGCAGCUUCUUCCCAGACCUCAGGACCAAUCCAGGCGUGGUGGACCAGGCUCCGCCCUCRUCCCUGGUCCCCCCCCCCCAGUCCRUGGACACUCUGUCCACCUUGAGGGAGGUCAACAGYGACCCUCCGUCCCCUGAGAGCGAGUCCUCGCUUGUGUUUCCUCAGCUGGUCGUCAGCCCGCCGCUGUUCGCCCACGCCUGCAACAACAACGGUUCUGUAAACAAACCCAACGGAUUCAAUCUUUCACCCACUGAGGAGGUCCCGAGUCUGGAGGUCCCGAGUCUGGAGGCCCCGAGUCUGGAAGCCCCGAGUCUGGAGGCCCCGAGUCUGGAGGCCCCGAGUCUGGAGGCCCCGAGUCUGGAGGCCCCAAGCGUCUCCAGGACCGGCUCCAACUGCUGCUCCCCGACCCAGCUGGGACCCAAAGAGUUCCGCUGGACCACCAUCGACCAGAACCGUCCYCCCACCAGGCCCAGGGGACGCCAGUUCUCCCUGCAGUUCUCCAGACAGACGUCCAAGUCCUCGGUCCGCAGCCUGCCCAGUCCCAAGGGCCUGGGCCGCCGCAGGAGACGCCUGGGCCGACACCUGGCCCCCAGGACUCCCAGUCCCACCCUCAACACGCUGCAGAUCCCCGAGCCGGACUACGAUCGGGACUUCGUGGGGACGGCUGACAGUGACGAUGAGGAGGAAACUAACCGAGAUGAAGACGAG